UGUUUCGGCUACAUCAUAACAAAAGAAAAAAUUGUAGCGUAGUGAUUUCGUCCCUCCGAUUUUUUGUGAUUUUCCCUAAAAUUUUUCUCGAAAUUUUGUUAAAAAGUCGCGAACUAAGUUGAAAACAACCAUCCCGCAAUGCUGUCCUCAAAAUCAAGCUCUGGAAACGACGAUCUCGGUGAAUCAUGGGUGGAAAUUGGAGGUCAGUCUCAAGGAGGCAGCACCCCUGCUUCCGUCACCAAGCAACUUACCGUGGAGGACUAUUUGAGGCUACUUAGAGAAGCACAAGAGUCUAAUCACUCCUCUUGCGGAGACUCACUCAGGGAUAGCCCUAAGUCACCACCAAACAGCCCUGUUGUCCAAGGAUCUGGUUUGCAAUUAGAAUGGCAAUCUUAUUACUUGAACUCCGAGUCUAGAGAGGAUUUGACUACAAUUGAUUGGAGCAGCCGUCCCGAUAGCUUGCCACCUAAACAAUGGAGUUUCCGUUCCUCAGACAAGUACGACAUGUUCAGCCUUCGUCAUGCCAAAAUUGGAUCGACUCCAUUGUUUUCCAAGAGAGGACUCUGCAUCAUUUUCCUCUCCAAUUUAUUUUCUAUGCUGUUUGGUACUGGAGUUGGCAUAUUGAUCAACCGUCACGGUUUGAGUUUAUCCAACCCAGCCAUUAAGUUUCGUUAGUCAAUUCUCACAAUAUGUUUCAAAGCUGUUUAUGGUUGGAUGCAAAAGAGGAGAUUUUUUUGUUUAAUGGCUUUGAAGCGUUACUUGUUGAGACUGUAAACUUCUAAAAUUUGUGUUUAAAGUUAUAAUGUUAGUUUUUUUUUCUUCGUUGGAUUGCAUUUUUCUGAAAUGUUUAUGAUAUUCGUUAUAAUUUAAUAACUAGAUGGGAUCGACUGAAUAUCAGUUCUUAAGGUCAUUGGUUAUGAAUAAUAUUUAUUACACAAACUAUUUUAAUACUUUGAAUUAAUUAAGGUCAUAUGUUUAACAUAUAGAAUCAGAGACUUGUAAAGAUUUCUCAAACUUAACAUCACAAUUAAAGAUUUGGAUUGAUCUCUGAUUUCUACUUAGGGUUAAUUAAUUAGUAAUAUUCUUACUAGUACUCUAGUUUUAGUUUUGUAUAGCUAAUGUAUGUAUAUGUUUCAAAAUAAAUUUUGUAACUCAA